AUGCCUCACGUCGUUCGCCGUGCUACUGAAGUGCAAAAAUUGCUCGAGCAAGAUGCCACCGGCUUGCACGCGUACGAAGCACCACAGUUGGUCUGCCCGUUGAAGUUCCAGCUCAUUCGAUCGGCUGCUGCGCUCAAGAAGUCCGAGAUCGACACUUGUUUAGGUCUCGUUGAACAAACUUCCGGCCAUGUCUACAGGGCUUCUAGUAUCGGCUGGCACCCUCGCAAGAAGAAGGAGGAGAUGAUGGACAAGGAAAUGAUUUACUUGCUUGUUCGACAAGGCGAUCUGGAAUGGCCCCUUCCCAGCAACAACGGCAGGAUACUCGGCUUCGUCUCCUUCAUGUUUACCUACGACGACCCUCCUUAUGAAGACCGCGAGGUCGUCUACAUGUACGAGAUACACCUACACGAACGUCUACGCGGUCGCGGACUGGGUUCGAAUCUCAUCAAGUUCGUUGAGCACGCAGCACGUUACUGUGGUAUUUCGAAGGUGAUGCUCACAGUCUUCACCGCCAAUGAAGGCGCUAAGGCGCUGUAUGAGAAACUGGGCUACACUGAGGACAUAUGUUCACCAACGGAUAGGAUCAUGAGAAACAAAGUCGUCAAGCCAGACUUUCUGAUCAUGAGCAAGGAGAUUGCUUAUGCACUCUAG